AUGCAGGCCUUGCCUGAGUCUCGUCAACAGACUUUUGAGGAGAUCUAUGGGCCACCAGAGAACUUCUUGGAGAUUGAAGUGAAAAACCCACAAACCCAUGGAUCUUCCCCUCGGAACAUGUACACCUCUUACGAGAUCCACACACGUACCAACAUACCUGCCUUCAAACUCCGCCACUCCGUCGUACGUCGUCGCUACUCCGACUUCGAAUACUUCCGAGACAUUUUGGAGCGAGAAAGCGCGAGAGUCACUAUUCCUCCUUUGCCUGGAAAGGUCUUCACAAAUCGCUUCUCGGACGAUGUGAUCGAGCACAGAAGAGAAGGACUCCAGCGCUUCCUCCAGAUUGUGGUGGGCCAUCCACUUUUGCAAACAGGCAGCAAAGUUCUCGGUGCAUUCAUACAGGGUGAGAAGAGAAACUCCCUGUCCAUGUACAAUAACUAA